AUGAACGAAUGGUUUAACGGGAAGAUUGGGACAUGGUUCUUUAUCGACACUGUUACGGCGCAAUGUUCAAGCCGCAACCGACCAAGUGGAACACUUGUCACGGCCCCCAAGACUGUGACCAGUGAGGCUUACCGGGAUAUGCUUGUCAACAACAUCUUACCUGCGAUCAAGGAAAAUUGUCAUGGCUGCGUGCAGCAUUACCUGAUUCAAUUGUAUACCCACGCGAGGUUGUUGAGCACGGCCAGGAGCUUCAUGAACAAGGAAGACUUCGACUUGAACAUUUCGCUUUCGGCAGCCGAAGUUGCUCGCGAUGUGGAGAUGGCCGCCAUCUCGAGUUUAAUCGAUAGCCUGUAUCUUGCCAACAACUGCGAUGACGAUGAGGGCGACGACGACCAAGACAUCAGCUGGACCGAUCGAGCGGACUCUAUUUUACUAGCAACUCUUGCUCUCACGGCCACCCACCUUUACUGGGAAUCUACCCAAUGCCGGAAGCCGGGGGGGGGGCUACUACCCCGCUGGCUCUACCACACGGCCCUCAGCUGUACACCCCUCCUAGCACCCCGAGACUUCUGGUUCGGCCAAUGGAUGGGCGGCCCCAACGGAGCUACAUUCCAAGGCCCGCUUGGAGCUUCCACACACUGCAUCAUCCCCCGCCCCCCCACAAAUAACCACUGGUGGAUCGAUGCGACACAUCAUCCCUUCUCCGCCCCCUGGUGGCGCCGACUCUCUGCGGAAAUCCAAUCCUCAACCGCCAGCCACACCACAGCCACAUAUUGGUUCGUAGUUCCCGACGGCUCCCUGGGCCAUGCACUAGCAUCUAACCUCACCACCACAUGGCUCCUCACCAUACCCGCGGGCCAACUCCUCCUCCGAGCUAUCACCUCCAUACACCAUACCACCACACCCCAAUGGGAUAAGCUAACCACCAGCAACCCAGUUCCCAUUCACAUUGGCUUCCUCACCACUAGCACCACAACCCCUUCUGACCCCGGCCCAACUACACUGGACCGCGGCUCUCCGCCCCCUGGAUGCCCCCCCACCCACUGCCUCCACUGGGCCCAGACCAAUAUCCCCAUGUACGACCAAUACGCCCAUGCCUCCCGUACCUACCUCGAAGCUACCUAUCACACUAUCUACUCGGCUACCACCGGCUGGAAAAUGUUUUCCACCAUGACGCAAUCCACACGCGACUGGGCAGCCUCCCUCACGCACCUACAUGCCCCCCACUUCCACAAACAGUGGCUCAAACGCCUACACAACGACACCGCCCCAACGGGCCAUGACCGCCGCAUACGCACCCUCCGUGCCCACCUGCAAGCCAAGACACGUGACUGGUACUCCCGUCGACUCUCCUUACUGCCACCGGCCACCCCAUCCCCCCCGGUAAGCAACGCCCCGCCGAUCCGGCCCCCGCGACGGCCCCCCGACCCUAAAGGACUACCUCCAGCAGCCUAA